CGAAAGGAGGUCGCACACCACAAGUACCUAAGUACGCGAUGAAGAUUGAAGAGGUUGUAAGCACGAUCAAGACCCAGCGGGUCGCUGUUCACACGCACGUGAAAGGCUUGGGUUUGGACGUUGACGGGUCGGCGCUUCCGAUCGGUUCCGGCUUGGUCGGCCAAGAAAAGGCCCGUGAAGCAGCGGGAAUUGUCGUAGAACUGAUCCGGUCCAAGAAGAUGGCUGGUCGCGCACUGUUGUUGGCAGGAGCUCCAGGGACGGGGAAAACGGCGUUGGCGCUGGGCGUGUCCCAAGAAUUGGGCCCCAAAGUACCGUUUUGUCCCAUGGUGGGCUCCGAAGUGUACUCGUCGGAGGUGAAGAAGACAGAGAUUCUCAUGGAGAACUUCCGACGAGCCAUUGGGUUGCGCAUCAAGGAAAACAAAGAAGUGUACGAGGGUGAAGUCACGGAAAUCACUCCGGAAGAAUCGGAGAACCCCUUGGGCGGCUACGGCAAGACCAUUUCCCAUGUUAUUCUCGGCCUCAAAACCACCAAAGGGGCCAAGCAACUGCGCUUGGAUCCGAGCAUCUACGAAGGUCUCCAAAAGGAAAAGGUGUCUUGCGGUGACGUCAUCUACAUUGAAGCCAACAGCGGCAGCGUCAAGCGCGUGGGUCGCUCCGAUGCGUAUGCCACCGAGUACGACCUCGAAGCCGACGAGUACGUGCCCAUGCCAAAGGGGGACGUCCACAAGAAGAAGGAAAUCAUCCAAGACGUGACGCUGCAUGACCUGGACAUUGCCAACGCCAAGCCGCAAGGCGGCCAGGACAUUAUGAGCAUGAUGGGCAACAUGAUGAAGUCCAAAAAGACGGAAAUCACAGAGAAACUGCGCUCGGAAAUCAACAAGGUCGUGAACCGAUACAUUGACCAAGGCGUGGCCGAAUUGAUUCCCGGAGUGUUGUUUGUUGACGAGGUGCACAUGCUCGACAUUGAAUGCUUCACGUACUUGAACCGGGCGUUGGAGUCGACGUUGGCACCCAUCGUGAUCUUUGCCACCAACCGAGGGGUGUGCACCGUUCGGUACAGUCCCCCCAACUUGUUCCUCCUACUCGUAAGCAUAUUGUGUUGACGGUGGUGGCAGUGGUACGGAAAUUUCGUCCCCUCAUGGCAUCCCGUUGGAUUUGCUGGAUCGUAUGCUGAUCAUUCGAACCAUGCCGUAUUCCGUCGAAGAGAUGGUUCAAAUCAUCAACAUCCGUGCCGAAGCCGAGAGCAUCAACUUGCACGAAGGAGCGUUGACCCGCAUGGGCGAGAUCGGCGCCACGACGUCGCUGCGUUAUGCCGUGCAGCUACUGACGCCAGCGCGCAUUCUGGCCGAGACGCAAGGGCGAUCGGACAUUGUCGUGGACGACGUGGACGAGAUCAACGCGCUAUUUAACGACGCCAAACGCUCCGCCAAAGCCCUGGCCGAAUCCAGCGAAGGAUACUUGCAAUAAAGUCGACAUAAUCACACACAUGAAACUACUA